CCUCCACAGCAGAUCUGAUGAUCAGGAGCAUCCUCCUGAAGCAUGCUGGGAAAUAUGGCUGUCGUGCUCAGACCAGUGCAGACAAUGUGCUUGCAGAAGCUGAGCUGCUAGUUAGAGGCCCGCCUGGACCUCCUGGAGUGGUGAUUGUAGAGGAGAUCACGGAUACCACUGCGACGUUGUCAUGGAGCCAUGGCGUUGACAACCACAGUCCAAUCACCACUUAUAAUGUACAGGCAAGAAGCCCUGUCUCUUUGGGCUGGCAAACAGUGAAAACCGAUCCAGAGCCGGUUACAGGAAACAUGGAGUCUGCCGUGGCAGUGGAGCUCAACCCCUGGGUGGAGUAUGAGUUUCGGGUGGUGGCCACGAACGGCAUAGGCACAGGCGACCCGAGCACCCCCUCCAGAGCGGUCCGCACUAAGGAAGCAGUUCCAUCAGUAGCCCCUGUCAACGUGAGAGGGGGGAACGGCCGCAGGCAUGAGCUGGUCAUAUCCUGGGAGCCCAUCUCUGAAGAAUUCCAAAAUGGAGAAGGUUUCGGCUAUAUCGUGGCAUUCCGAGCCAAUGGCACACGUGGGUGGAAAGAGAAAAUGGUGACCUCGGCAGACUCCACCACCUAUAAAUACAGAGAUGAGACUUUCCCCCCUCUCACACCAUUUGAGGUGCGGGUGGGGGUGUAUAACAACAAAGGAGAUGGGCCAUUCAGCGAGGUGGUUACUGUGUUCUCUGCAGAGGGAGGUGAGGGUCUGUUUUGUCCUUGCUUUGAUUGAUGGGAUAUAUUGCUGCCUUCUAUAACUUCAAAAACGCGCAGCUCAACAGUAUAGACAGAGUUUUUUGAACUUUUAAGUACAUCACCAAACAACAAAUCCUGGUCUGUAUAUGGAUGUAUGAUAUCGUGGCCAUAUUUUAAGAUGUAGGUACUACAGUAUAAAAAUACAAAAGUCAAAAUGCAAAAUCCAACAGUACACAUACUG